AUGCUUCGCAGCGCCUCGCGGGAGAGACCCAGCUAUAGAGCAGGAGUGGCGGCACCUGACUUGCUGGAUCCUAAAUCUGCCGCUCAGAACUCCAAACCGAGGCUCUCGUUUUCCACGAAACCCACAGUGCUUGCUUCCCGGGUGGAGAGUGACACGACCAUUAAUGUUAUGAAAUGGAAGACGGUCUCCACGAUUUUCCUGGUGGUUGUCCUCUAUCUGGUCAUCGGAGCCACCGUGUUCAAAGCAUUGGAGCAGCCUCAUGAGAUUUCACAGAGGACCACCAUUGUGAUCCAGAAGCAGACAUUCAUAUCCCAACACUCCUGUGUCAAUUCAACCGAGCUGGACGAACUCAUCCAGCAAAUAGUGGCAGCAGUAAAUGCAGGGAUUAUACCCUUAGGAAACACCUCCAAUCAAAUCAGUCACUGGGAUUUGGGAAGUUCCUUCUUCUUUGCUGGCACUGUUAUUACAACCAUAGGGUUUGGCAACAUCUCACCACGCACAGAAGGUGGAAAGAUAUUCUGUAUCAUUUAUGCCUUACUGGGAAUUCCCCUCUUUGGUUUUCUGUUGGCUGGAGUUGGAGAUCAACUAGGGACUAUAUUUGGAAAAGGCAUUGCCAAAGUAGAAGAUACAUUUAUUAAGUGGAAUGUCAGUCAGACCAAGAUCCGCAUCAUCUCAACAAUCAUAUUUACACUGUUCGGCUGUGUGCUCUUCGUUGCUCUGCCUGCAAUCAUAUUUAAGCACAUAGAAGGCUGGAGUGCCCUGGAUGCCAUUUAUUUUGUGGUUAUCACUCUAACAACCAUUGGAUUUGGUGACUACGUUGCAGGGGGAUCAGAUAUUGAGUACUUGGACUUCUAUAAGCCUGUCGUGUGGUUUUGGAUCCUAGUAGGGCUGGCUUACUUUGCUGCUGUCCUGAGCAUGAUUGGAGAUUGGCUCCGAGUGAUAUCUAAAAAAACAAAGGAAGAGGUGGGAGAGUUCAGAGCACAUGCUGCUGAGUGGACAGCCAACGUCACAGCCGAAUUCAAAGAAACCAGGAGGCGGCUGAGUGUAGAGAUCUAUGACAAGUUCCAGCGCGCCACCUCCAUCAAGCGGAAGCUCUCAGCAGAGCUGGCUGGGAACCACAGCCAGGAGCUGACUCCUUGCAGGAGGACCCUGUCGGUGAACCACCUGACCAGCGAGAGGGACGUCUUGCCUCCCUUGCUGAAGACUGAGAGUAUCUAUUUGAAUGGUCUGACGCCACACUGUGCUGGCGAAGAGAUUGCUGUCAUUGAGAACAUUAAGUAG